AAAAAAAAUUAUUAUUAUUAUUAGUAAUUAAAAAACCCAGAAAAAAUAAACCAAAACGAAUCCGGUGCUCACGCCAAUUGCAAGAAUCCGUUCACUGAAGCAACCCCAUAUCCCUCCGAUAUUGAUUUCUCCUUUUUCUUAUUCUCUAAUUAAUCUCUUUCGUUUUCUCACGUAAAGAAGGAAAAAAAGAAGAUAAAGAAAUAUUUUUGUUUUAUUUUGUCUUUUUUUUUUUUUGUAAAGUUUGUGUUGUCAAUGGCGGAGGAUUUUGCUAAGGCGGUGGAGGACGGGCUGAAGCUAUCGAAACGGAUAUACUUAGGGAAAGACAGAGGGCUGGUGGCGCCGCCGAGGCCGCCGCCUAUGGAGAGGUCAUCGGAUUGGUAUUUGCCAUCGGCGCCGAUGGUGUAUGCGGUUAUAUCCGACCCGAGGAUUGUCGACAACCCGGAUAUUCCGAGUUACCAGCCUCACGUGCAUGGAAGGUGCGAUCCACCUGCUUUGAUUCCUCUCCAGAUGAGCGCGGUCAAUCUCGACGUGGAUUGUUACGGCGAUACUGCUUUUGUUGAAGUUUCUGGGAAAUGGAGGAUCCAUUGCGUUAUGGGUAGCCGUUCCUGCGAUUGUCGCAUAGCUGUUCCUAUGGGCGACCAGGGUUCAAUUCUAGGUGUUGAGGUUGAUCUUCCUACAAAAUCUUAUUCCACUAAAUUGAUUGGAGUAGAAGAAAGUAAGGGUAUUCAAAAGAUAGCAAGACCAGAAGAUGGAGGGUUUUUGAUGCCUCAUAUAUUUACCUUAACAAUACCACAGAUUGAUGGGGGUACUAAUAUUUCAAUUAAGCUUCGUUGGUCUCAGAAAUUGUCAUAUAAUAAUGGCCAGUUUUCCUUGACCAUGCCCUUUAGUUUUCCUGAAUAUGUUACUCCUGCUAUAAAGAAAAUUUCAAAAAAACAAAGGAUACAAUUGAAUGUGAACUCUGGUAUUGCAACCGAAAUCUUGUGCAAGUCAACUAGUCAUCCUUUGAAGGAAAUAAGACGCCAUGCUGGGAAGUUUGGCUUCUUAUACGAAGCAGAAAUUCUCACUUGGUCCAGUACUGACUUCAGUUUCUCAUACAGUGUGUCUGCCGGUAACAUAUUUGGAGGCAUCCUUUUGCAGUCUUCAUCUUUAUAUGAUUAUGAUCAAAGGGAUAUGUUCUGUAUUUAUCUUUUCCCUGGAAGUCAGCAGAGUAGGAAGGUGUUCAGAAAGGAGGUCAUAUUUGUUGUUGAUAUAAGUGGCAGCAUGCAUGGGAGGCCGCUUGAGAGUACCAAGAAUGCAAUAUCUACAGCCCUUUCCAAGCUCAGUCCAGAAGAGUCUUUUAACAUUAUAGCUUUUAGUAGUGAGACUUUUCUAUUUUCAACAUCCAUGGAGUUGGCUUCCACGGAAGCAAUCGAACGGGCCACUGAAUGGAUUAGCACAAAAUAUAGUGUGGGGGGUGGUACAAAUAUGUUUAUUCCACUAGAAAAGGCAGCUGAGAUGCUAUCAAACACUCGUGGUUCAAUUCCUAUGAUUUUUCUUGUUACUGAUGGGGCUGUUGAAGAUGAAAGAAACAUUUGUGACUGGAUGAAAAAGCGUCUGAAAAAUGGAGGAUCAUUAUGUCCACGCAUACAUACUUUUGGCAUAGGUUCAUUCUGUAAUCAUUAUUUCCUGCGCAUGCUUGCUAUGAUUAGCCGGGGGGAAUACGGUGCUGCUUGUGAUAUAGAUUCAAUUGAGGUGCAGAUGCAAAAAUUAUUUAGCAAAGGUUUAUCUACUGUCCUUGCAAAUAUAGCUGUUGAUGCAUUUGAUGAACAUGAUCAAAUAGAGGUAUACUCUUCAUGUAUUCCUGAUCUUUCAUUUGAAAGCCCAUUGACAAUAUGUGGGAGGUACCAAGGCAGUUUUCCUGGCACUCUUAGAGCUAAAGGUAUCUUAGGAGAUUUGAGUAGCUUUAUUAUGGACUUGAAGGUAGAAAGGGCUAAGGACAUACCUCUCGACAGAGUGUUAGCAAGACAGCAGAUUGAUCUACUCACAGCACAGGCAUGGUUUUCAGAAAAUAAACAGAUUGAGGAGAAGGUUGCAAAAUUGAGCACACGGACUUGCAAUAUCUCUGAAUAUACCCGUAUGGUCCUACUUGAGAAAAAUAAAAUAGAAACAGCCACAGGCUCUUCUGGAGCUCAGAAGGCACCAAAGAAAGGCGAUCCACAAAAAAUUAUGGAUACUGGAGCGCCCAAAAUGAUAUUGCUUCAAAGCCUUUCAAUUGGCUUUGGUGACCUGAUUGCAACUGCUGAAAAUAUCCGUCCAGGGUCUGAAGAACAAAAAUUGCCCGAAGUUGCCGAAAUUUUUAUAAAAGCAACGUCAAAUUGCUGUGGUCAGAUAUGUAAUCAAUGCUGUUGCAUGUGCUGCAUCCAGUGUUGUUCAAAGAUGAAUGAUCAAUGUGCCACUACAUUAACACAGCUUUGCACUGCUCUGGCAUGCAUUAGCUGCUUUGAAUGUUGCUCACAACUGUGCUGUCCUGGACAAGAUGGGCAAUAAACGCAUUCCAGAGUUUGAAUUCAGUUGUUGUAUAUUGGUGUUUAUAGUGUAUAAAAUGAUAAUUGGUAUAGUAUUUACAUUCAUUCUCACUUGGAUUGGCUUGUUGCUCAGGUAGUUUUGAACCUCCCAGCAUACAGAGUUACAGAGUCUUUGCAAUUUUUACCCUAUCAACUGCUUUAUAGCAUUCCUUGUUUGAAAUCUCGUACAUUUUAAAGAUACGGAAAUUGGUUCUUAAUCUCAUACAAUUUUCAUCCACUUCCCACAACGCCAAGCAUGUUGCAGUACUGCACCAGGCGGUGUAAAUGUCAAACAAA